CUGAGAAAUUAAGGCGUGAACAAAAUCCACCUGAGAGUAUUAUACAGAAUGAUCAUAUUUCUUCCCAGGUCCAUCCUGUUGCAAACAAUCUGCCACCGCAGAAAUUCUUCAACAAGCCAGAUGGCCCUGGGUAUGCAUCGUUGGCCCCUGUACAUGGCUGUCACAACUACCAGCCACUGUGGCCACCAUCAAAACAACAAUCGACACCUAGCAGUGCAUUUGGACCUCAUGAGGCACCUUCGUCACGCUUCAACAGUUUCAAUGGAGACAGCUACCAUGGGUAUUAUUCACAACAACUUUCUGCCCCUAACUCAUUUGCCUAUGGCGCAUUCACAGGCUAUGGCAACAUCCAACAGCAGUGGCAACAGCUUACCCCUACUCUGGAGAAGCCUAUUGGUACAUCUUGGCAACAUCCACCUCCUCCGGUGCAGCGUCAGCCAACACCUCAUGAGGUAAAAACCUGUGGUAUGCUCCUCUUUUAGACAGUAGUCAUGGAAAUUAAGGUUACUUGUUCAAGACAGUUGUUGUUGCUAGUAGUUACAUAUGCAAAAGCCUUUUGUGUUCCAAAAUGAA